ACUUGCUUGACCUGUCAUUGUCUUCUCUUACAUGCAUGUAUAAAAACUGCCUGUUCAUUAGUUUUCAUCGAAUCAUCAAACACACAUUGCAAGAAAACCCAAACACAAAUCAAGAAAACCCUAAUUUUGUUCGAGCUCGAGUUCGACUUCUUUCAUCUGAAAAUGGACAGGAGUAGUGGUUUAGGGCUGGAAACGGAGCUGAGGCUGGGGCUUCCCGGCGGUGGUGAAGUGGAGAAGAAUGAGAAGAAAAGGGCGUUUUCUGAUAUCUCCGGUGGGGAGGAGAAGGCGGCGGCGGCGGCUGGUGCGGGGAACAAUAAGAAUCAGGUGGUAGGGUGGCCGCCGGUGUGCGCUUACCGGAGGAAGAACAGCUUUAAUGGGGUGAAAAUGUACGUGAAAGUUAGCAUGGACGGCGCCCCGUUUCUGCGCAAGAUUGAUUUGAGCAGUCAUAAAGGGUACUCCGAUCUUCUUAUGGCUCUUGAACAACUCUUCGGCUGUUUUGGCAUUGCGGAGGCAUUGGAAGAUGCAGACAAGUGUGAGUACGUUCCCAUCUAUGAGGACAAAGAUACCGACUGGAU